GGUAGGCACGGCAUUGCGGCCCCUUUAAGAGAGUGAGUGGGAGGGGCCUGCGGAUUAGCAGUUGCCUGGAGACCAGAGCUGGGUCUAGGACGCCCUGGCUGGCCUGGCCUGGCCUGGCAGAGAGACCCCUGGGCAUCCGGAAGGAGGUCGAGGUGGGGACCCCAGGACGCAGUCCUGCUGGGUGGCGCAACAAAUGGGACAAAUAAAACUCAUCAGUGCUUUGAAAUAGACAGCUCUCGAUCCAAGGAAUCAUUUCAUACUUACAUAUAGAAAGUAAACUUUAGGUCUUCCAAAGGCAAUGGUGAAAGAAAAGAAAAGAGCAGACAAAAAAGGAGAUAAGUCUGCUCGCUCUCCCUCAUCUCUCACUGAUUACCCAGAGUUUUCCAAGCAAGAUGGCAACACCGCUAAGCAAGAAACGUCCUCAAGUGGUAUUCCACCAGCGGAAAUGCAGCUCACUGAAAUCGGAUCCAAAAGAGAUUUCAAAACUGUGCAGCAGAAUGAAGAUGCCACUCAAUAUGAAGAGCCCAUUCUAACCAAACUCAUAGUGGAAAGCUACGAAGGAGAAAAAGUCCGUGGACUGUAUGAAGGCGAAGGCUUUGCAGUCUUUCAAGGAGGCUGUACCUACCAUGGUAUGUUUUCAGAAGGACUCAUGCAUGGACAAGGAACUUACAUUUGGGCUGAUGGAUUAAAAUAUGAGGGGGACUUUGUGAAGAACAUCCCCAUGAACCAUGGUGUGUACACAUGGCCGGAUGGCAGCACCUAUGAAGGAGAAGUAAUAAAUGGCAUGAGGAACGGAUUUGGUAUGUUCAAGUGCAGCACGCAGCCUGUGUCCUACAUCGGCCACUGGUGCCAAGGCAGGAGACACGGGAAGGGCUCCAUUUAUUAUAACCAAGAGGGUACCUCCUGGUAUGAGGGAGACUGGGUGUACAACAUCAGAAAGGGCUGGGGCAUAAGAUGUUACAAAUCUGGAAAUAUAUACGAAGGCCAGUGGGAAGACAACAUGCGCCAUGGGGAGGGGAGGAUGAGGUGGCUGACAACCAAUGAAGAGUACACCGGCCAGUGGGAGCGGGGAGUCCAGAAUGGCUUUGGAACACACACAUGGUUUCUGAAGAGAAUCCUCAACUCGCAGUAUCCUUUGAGAAAUGAAUACAUAGGAGAGUUUGUGAAUGGAUGUCGUCAUGGACAUGGGAAAUUUUACUAUGCUAGUGGAGCCAUGUAUGAGGGAGAAUGGGUUUCCAAUAAAAAACAUGGCAUGGGCCGAUUAACUUUCAAGAAUGGACGUGUAUAUGAAGGCUUGUUUUCCAAUGACCACAUAGCACAGUUCCCAGACUAUGAAGCUGAAUCUAUGAAUUACCUGGAACUGCCUUCAGAAGUUGCCUGCCAAAGAGGCAGGCAACGCAGAUCUUCCGUUAGUGCUGAAAUUAUCAGAAAGCUUGAUGGUACUGAAAGUCAUCCUGUAUUAGGAUCAAGCAUUGAACUGAAUCUAAAUUUGUUGCUGGACAUGUACCCUGAGGAAGACCGAGCAGAAGAAAAGAAGCAGGUAGAAUAUGCGAUUUUAAGAAAUAUUACAGAAUUAAGAAGAAUCUAUAGCUUUUACAGCAGCCUAGGAUGUGAUCACUCUCUGGAUAAUGCCUUUCUGAUGACAAAGCUUCACUUCUGGAGAUUUUUAAAAGACUGCAAGUUUCAUCACCACAAUAUCACUCUUGCUGAUAUGGACAGGAUAUUAAGUCUCAAUAAUGGCAUACCAGUUGAAGAAAUUCAUUCUCCAUUUACAACAAUACUUUUGAGGACAUUUUUGAAUUAUCUCCUGCAGCUGGCUUACCACAUUCAUCACAAAGAAUUCCAACAUAAAAGACCAUCACUCUUUUUGUGUUUUACAAAACUGAUGACUGAGAACAUUCAUCCAAAUGCCUGCCAAGUAAAAGGCAAUUUAUUCAGUGAGCAACAGCGGACACUAUAUUCAAUACAUUAUAUUGACAAGUGCUGGGAGAUUUAUUCCACUUACUGCAAACCAAAUGAAGUUCCUCCCAAUGAGCUUACAAUGAAGUUGAGAUACUUCCUCUGGAUGUUGAAAGACUUUAAAAUGAUAAAUAAAGAAUUAACAGCAACCAAAUUCGUAGCAGUAAUAGCGGAGGAUAACCCUUUCAUACAUGAUGGAAUUGACAGCAGCUUCGAACUUGAGCUGGUUUUCCUGGAAUUCUUUGAAGCUCUUUUAAGUUUUGCCCUCACCUGUGUUACUGACCAAAUGACGAAAUCCUACUUAAAUGUUCUAAGUGAUGAUUGGUCUGGAAACAAACAUGGAAGUAUUCAUACAUUAAUAAAUCAGAUCAUCCAGAACAGGAGCCAGAGUGCAGCCACAAGCCAUGAAUCUGAUGUACCCUAUGGCAGCGUCAAGUCAUCUUCAAGCAAGCUAGGACUCCUGUCAGAUAUGAACAAAAUAAGGAAAUCAGAGCCCAAGAUCAGGAAGUCUCUAAGUGAUGAAAAAGUUUCCAAAAUGAAUUUUAAAUCUACGGGAAAAGGACUAACCUUUUUCGUAUCUCCAAAUGAGAAAUUUGAAAAACACAAGGAGGAUCACAAGGAAAAACUUAAUGUGUGGGUCAGUAAUAUGUGUAUAUUUUUUGUGAACACACUUUUCCAUGCAUAUAAACACGAAGAAACUCUCAAGGAGAAAAUAAAGGAAAAUCGGUUACAUAAUGCAGUAAUGGCUCAACAGAGGAAAGUUGAAAAUGAUGAAUUGGAAGCAAGGCUGAAUAUCUUGAGAGAGGAAGAGGCCAAAAGACAAGACUAUGACAUUGACAUCACUGUGAUCAAGGAGCCGGUGGAUGCUCCGUCCUCUCAUGUCACCCCGAGCCCCCCCAAAGAGGAUACGGCCACAUCUCAGUUCAGCAAGACCGUCACAAGCAAGAAAAAGAAAAAAUAGACUACUUGGUGACAAGAACAUGCAAAUGUAAAAUACCUUAGAACUGUAAAUACAGUAAUAAACAUCCCAAACAAUGUUAUUUCAUUGUUUUUGAAAUACUCCUACUUUAGCCCAAGUGUGUUUGAGGUCUGCUAUGUGGUUAGAUCACUGAAAUGCCCAAAUUUUAAAAACUGAGUGAA